AUGGCAUCUGGUAUCCAGAAUGGCAUGUACCAGAUCGGCGAUAGAGCCUUCAAUGUCCAAUGGGGGAGGAGGUUCAGCAUGCUUUCCUUGUUGGGGGACAUGGAAUGUGAGGAUUCCUUCGAGCUGCACUCAGUGGAUGCGGAGCUGGAGGCCAUGGAGAAGCAGAUCCGUGACCUUCAGGUAAAUCUGCGGCGUGAUACGGUCACUCCCACAACCUCAACACCGCGUGUUUCUCUGCCCAGGCCCAGCUCAGCUAGGAGGCAGCCCGCCCAGGUUUCGUCCACUCCGGCACUGGGCCUGGAUGCAGCAGCAGUGGAAGACUUGCCCCGACCGAGGACCUCUCCCCCUCCGCCGCCACCCGUCUUCGAGAUCUCGACCCGCAACCACUUUUCUCCCCUUCGGGAGACGGCGUGCGACGCGGUGAUCAUCGGAGACUCCAUUGUACGGUACGUCCGUGCACUCGCUGUAUUCCAUGACGCUGCACAGGUACCCGCGAUCCUCACCAAGAACAUCGGAGGUGUGGUCCUCCAUGCUGGCACGAACAACAUCAGGCUGAGGCAGACGGAGAUCCUGAAGAAGGACUUCAAGAACCUGGUGGAGAAGGUUCACACCACAUCGCCCCCGAUGAGGAUCAUCAUGUCAGGACCACUUCCCACGUUCCAGCGAGGAAUCGAAAGAUUAGUGCGAUUAAAAGAUAAAUUCGUUAAUAACUCUCGAAAUAAUCUUAUCACAAUUAAUCCUGAAAAAGACCAAAUAGGUAAAGAAAAACAAUUUCUUAAGUUUGGGCUUCUGAACAUUAGAUCCCUUGCACCGAAAACACUUAUUAUUAAUGAAAUGAUCCCAGAUUAUAGUUUCGACGCACUCUGUCUUACUGAAACCUGGCUUAGACCAAAUGAAUACAUUGGUCUGAAUGAGUCUACUCCGUCAGGAUAUUCCUAUAAGCAUGAGCCCCGUCAGACAGGUCGUGGUGGUGGUGGUGCAACCACCUAUAAUAAUUCUCUUACCGUUACUCAGAAAACAGGACCCAGGUUUAACUCAUUUGAAGUGCUUGUCCUUAAUGUUGCACUCUCAGACAUACAUAAAAAAUCCCUACUAUCUCUUGCCCUGGCCACCGUGUACAGACCCCCGGGACCCUACGGUGAUUUUCUUAAUGAGUUUUCACAAUUACUCUCAGAUCUUUUGAUCAGUUUUGACAAAGUGUUAAUUGUAGGAGACUUUAACAUUCAUGUAGACGAUGCUAACGAUGCAUUAGAACUCGCAUUUAUAGAUUUACUAAAUUCCUUUGGGGUUAAACAAAACAUUAAUAGCCCAACUCAUCGUUUUAAUCAUACACUAGACUUAGUUAUAUCACAUGGGACUGAUGUUACUGAUAUAACUGUUCUACCUCAAAGCGAUGACAUCACAGACCAUCACCUCUUAUUGUACACUCUACCUGUAGAACAUAUUAGACACGUCUCUCCACGUUAUAAACUUGGUAGAACUAUAACUCCGCCCACUAAAGACAGAUUUACAAACAAUCUGCCAGAUCUGUCUCAACUUCUUACUAGACCCCGAAAUGCAGAUGCACUAGAUGAAGUAACCAACAGCAUAGGCAAUAUUUUUACCAGCACACUAGACACUGUUGCCCCCAUCCAACUAAAAAAGGUCAGAGAUAAAACACUGCACCAUGGUACAAUAGUCAUACUCACACCCUCAAGAGAGCAACCCGUGACCUCGAGCCAAAGUGGAGAAAAACCAAAUUAGAAGUUUUUAGAAUUGCGUAUAAAGACAGUCUGUCCAACUAUAGACAGGCUCUAAAAGCUGCUAGGGCUGAGUAUCUGAGCAAUCUGAUAGAAAUAAUCCAGAACAAUCCCGGAUUCUUAUUCAGUACAGUGGCUA